GCUGUUUCAGCUAAAACUGUCCUCUGUGACAUUUGAGAGGUCGAACGUGACCUGAAGGUUUUGUGAAGCAGAAAUAUUGAAACGCCGCGACUGUGAAUGUUGGCGUAGCUCUGCUCCUCUAACUGCUCGUUACAGGAAAAAGAUAGAAAAAAGACAAUUGUAAUUUUAGGAGGAACUUCACUUCAUCGCGGUGUUUCCUGUCUCCUCCUCCACUGCGUUGUCGGUUAACCAGGGCUCUGCCCUUUCACCUUCUUACUCUGACUCCUCCGACCUCUGGUGAUAUCGGAUGAGAGCAUCACUUACUCUGCAGUUGGAGCGUCUGCGUUGGAGGGCAGACAGGCGGCAUGACAGAGGAGAAAUGUCCCCAGCUGGUGGACUACUUUGUGGUGGCAGGUCUGGACCCUGCGGGCCCCUGGAGGCCUCUGGAUGAGGAGGGUAAGACCUGCUGCUCCACCUCCUCCUCGUCCCCCUCCUCCUCCUCGACCUUGGCGGGCCGGGGGGCGGUGGAUCCGGUCACGGACCUGGCGGUGAUCGCCAAGGGGCUCGGGGAGGAAGUGCCGGAGGGCUUCACCUGCAUCGAGAGGACUCUGGGCGGACACUCGGCCGAGCUGAGCGCCGGCCUCAUCAACAACCCUCACCUGUUCCUGUGCUACCGCAGAGGACGGGACAAGCCGCCCGUCCUGGACCUGGGGGUUCUGUACGAGGGGAAGGAGCAGCCGAAGCAGAGCUGGUACGUCAUCGAGACGACGCCCUACAGCCGCUCCGCCAGCCUGUGCGCUGGCAGCGCCCCCACAACUCACCGGGUCUUCCUGACGUACCGCCGGGCUCUGGACUCCCAGGGGCUCCACACGCUGGGCGUCACCGACAUCGCCCUGCUGCUGCCUGGCAAGGGGGAGGUGGCGCCGCACACAUUCUGCCGUGUCGACAAGAACCUCAAUACGGGCAUGUGGGGUCCAGCCCUGUACGUGUGCUACAAGCGAGCUGUGGCCAAAGCCAAUGCCUUGGUGUACGAGGCCAGUCUGAUCAGCCGCUACCCGGAGGACGACCUGGAGGCGUUUCCUCUGCCUGAGUCGGUGCCCGUCUUCUGCCUGCCGAUGGGCGUCACCGUGGAGAGCUGGCCCCUGAACACCAAGUACCAGCUACCUGUCUUCUCCACCUUCGUUCUCACGUCGGCCUGUGGCGACAAGGUUUACGGAGCGGCCAUCCAGUUCUACGAGUCGUUCCCCCGGGAGCUGCUGUCGGAGCGGCAGAGCGUGCGGCUCGGCCUCCUCAGCGUGGUCGACCGCCGGCCCAUCACCAGUCGCAGCCUGCAGGCGAAGAAGAGCAUCUGCGUCCUGUCCCACUGGCCCUUCUUCACCGUCUUCCAGAAGUUCCUCACCUUCAUCUACAGAUACUCCAUCUCCGGACCUCACGUCCUGCCGCUGGAGAAACACAUCUCCAGCUUCAUGCACAACGUCCCGUUUCCUUCCCCCCAGCGGCCGCGCAUCCUUGUCCAGCUCUCUCCAUACGACAACUUGCUGCUCUGUCAGCCGGUCUCGUCUCCGCUUCCCCUCAGCGGCGCGAGCUUCCUGAAGCUGCUGCAGAACCUUGGUCCAGAAAACGCCUGCACGCUGCUGCUCGCCGUCCUCACCGAACACAAGCUGCUGCUCCAUUCACUCCGGCCCGACGUCCUCACCUCGGUCAGCGAGGCGCUCGUCUCGAUGAGUUUCCCGCUGCGCUGGCUCUGUCCCUACAUCCCGCUGUGUCCGCUGCAGAUGGCGGACGUGCUGCUGGCGCCUAUGCCCUUUGUUGUCGGCGUCCACUCCAGCUACUUCGACCUGUACGACCCCCCCACCGACGUGGUGUGUGUUGACCUGGACACCAACACCAUCUUCCAGUCAGAUGAUAAGAAGCCGCUGUCAUGGCGAUCGUUGCCCAGGAGACACGGCAAGACGCUGUUCAACACCCUGACCAACCUCCACAAGACCCUGGAGAAGAUUUGCACUCCUGGCCAGGAGGAGGCUACGCUGGAGUUCCUGCUGACCGAUUACGAUCAGAUCUACCGGCGUCAGAAGCAGCUGGAGCUGGAGAUCCAGGAAGUGUUUCUGCGCUUCAUGAGCUGCCUGCUGCGAGGAUACCGCUCCUUCCUGCUGCCCAUCACUCAGGCUCCGUCCGACACCACCACCGACUGCAGUUCCCUGUUCAACCUGCAGGGCUUCCUGAAGUCCCGGGAUCGGACGCAGCAGAAGUUUUACCUCCAGCUGACGAGGACCCAGAUGUUCACUCAGUUCAUCGAGGAGUGCUCCUUCGUCAGCGACCGCCACGCCUGCCUGGAGUUCUUCGACGAGUGCGUCCAGAAGGUGGACGUGGAGAAGCCAGAGGACGUGAAGCUGAUCGACCUGGACGAGACUCACGGCGGAGAGCACACGGUCUUCAUCAUGCCUCCCGAAGAGCCGCAGGAGCCGGACGGGUCCGAGUGUCCUGCCCCCUACAGUUACGAAACCUUCCCCACCUUGAGGCCGGAGCUGUUCGACCAGCCGCAGGACCAGCUCCGGGUCCCGGCCAAAGGCAGCGCCCCCAGCAGCCCCGCCCCUCGCCGCACAAAACAGGAGAUCAAGCUGGCCCAGAAGCGAGCGCAGAAGUACGCCGCCGUCCCGGACAUGUGGUCCAAGUGUCUGCUGGGUCACUGCUAUGGCCUCUGGUUCAUCUACCUGCCCACCUUCGUGCGGGCGGAGAGCGCCAAGGUCCGCGCCCUACACGCGGCCUACGACGUCCUCAAACACAUGGAGAACCGCAAGGUGGUGCUGCCCGACGAGGUGUGUUACCGGAUCCUGAUGCAGUUGUGCGGUCAGUACGGCCAGCCCGUGCUCGCUGUUCGAGUCCUGCUGGAGAUGAAAAAGGCGGGAAUCACACCGAACACCAUCACCUACGGAUACUACAACAAGGCGGUGCUGGAGAGCAAGUGGCCCUCGACCAAUCAGGGCGGGCGUCUCCGCUGGGCCAAGCUGAGGAACGUCCUGCUGGCCGUCGCCCAGUUCCGACAGCCAAUCAGACGGCGUCAGAAGAGCGGCUCGGUGGGGUCACGGGGAGAAGCGAUGAUGGACGCUGACCAGAGGCUCCGCCCCCACUCCUCUCUGAUUCGUCAGUCCAGUUGGAGCGGCCUGUCCGAGAGCUCCAGUCACGAGUCUCUGACGGGUCCGUUGGUGAAAAGCAACAGUCUGAACAGCAUGAAAACAUCCGUCGACAAGGUCAGACUCUGUAAGAAGGCCGCACCACGGAACACCGCGACCGACGGCGACGCAGUCUCCUGUAAACCUCCACUGGGACUCAGAGACGCUUCCUCUGCAGCCGCUAUGCCUCCAGCGCCGCCCAGCGGUGGUGCUCUGGUGCGGCGGAGUCAGGUGUGCCUCUCCAACUUCUACAGAGAGUGCACGGAGUCGGCCGACUCGGACCCGGACUGCGGCUGCCAGCUGGCGGAGAGAGACGGCAGGCCCGUGGGAGUGCGGGACCCGGCCGUCGAUGAGAACUACAACAACGUCUCUACCCCGAGCCGAGGAGGUCUGGCGGGGAAACUCCAGCAGCUCCUCACCCCGACCAGACACCGAGUGUCGGUGCGGCGAGCCGCCAGUGUGGAUGACCGCCGGCGGGGCCGAGGAGGGGGCGGGGCUGGGGCCGGUGCAGGAGGGGGAGGAGGGAUUGGAGGGGGAGUGUCUGAGCAAAGACAGUCCAGAAAAGCUCAGGUGGCUGAAACUCUCCUGAAGGCCAAGGACAGGCUGGUCAACGCCACCUCAGAGAGUUCGUUGUCUGUAGGAAGUGACUUAGACUUGACGGACAUGCCCAGUCCAGCGUUUCCUCUGCGCAGGUCCUGGGACGCCAAUCAGGAGGUGGCGGGGCUGGAGGUGUUGAUGUCCAGCUGCUCUCUUUGUCGCAGCUGUAACUCGUUGGUCUAUGACGAGGAGAUCAUGGCGGGCUGGACGUCGGACGACUCAAACCUGAAUUCAUCCUGCCCGUUCUGCGGCGCCUCCUUCGUCCCCUUCCUGAACGCUGAGGUCUGUGACCUGGGGCCUGUCAGCAGCGCGGAGCGCGGCAACUGGAACGUGGAGGACGAGGUGGAGAGCGCGGCGAGGCCCCCUGGUGACCACGAGGCCUUCCUGCGGCACCAGUGUAAUGGUCUGAGCGAAGACUCCAGCUCUGAGACCAGCAGCUACUCGGAGAACAGCAGAACGACCAAGGGCUCGUCAGGGGGCGGGGCUCCCCAGGUGACGGUGGCGUACCUGAGCCCUCUGGUCCUGAGGAAGGAGCUGGAGAGUCUGCUGGAGAACGAGGGCGAGGCGGUGCUGGCUCAGCCCCAGUUCCUGGACAGUCACUGCAUCAUCUUCUGGAACCUGGUCUGGUACUUCCAGCGCCUCGGUCUGCCCAGUAACCUGCUGCAGCUGGUCCGAGCCUCGCCACUGGUCGGCCACUUCACACAGUCGGAUAGCUCAGCGGUGAGGGUGAGGCUCCUGUGGGACACCCUGGCCCCCGACACAGACCAGUGGCCCCCCCUCUACGUCCUCUGGAGGAUUCACAGUGGCGUCCCGAUGAGGAGUCACAGUUGGCGGAGGCACAACCACCCGUUCACUCUCGCCUUCCUGGAGGAGGUGCUGCGCUGGGUCGGCAUGAAUGAGGUGCACAAGGCCGUCACGCUCUUCCUGGACACGCUGGCCAAACAGCCGGGGUCGCCGCAGACACAGAGGAGUUUGUACAGAGAGUUCCUCUUCCUCACACUGGCAGCAAUGGGCAAAGACCACGUGGCGGCGUUCGAUAAGAAGUACAAGGCGGCGUACUCUCGACUCAGCGGCACUCUGGGUCGCGACGAGCUCCGGAGAAAGCGAGCUCAACCUCCCAGCCCCAAAGCCGUCGACUGCCGACGCAGCUUCCACCCGCCCCUCGAAUGCUGAUCCACACAGGAACUAAACUUCCCUCGCGCUGACGACUCUGGCUGCAUCCAAUCAUUUGGAAACGGCAAAGCCCCGGGAUCCCCUGCUGCCUUGCGCCUUGCUCGUUUUCGCCACCUCUCUGCUGCCCCACAGUGGAAGUCAGAGGGCCGCGCCCCCUCCUGUCCUCUGUACCUCUGUUUGUGAAUCUAGCCGUUCUCCAUGUAAGAUCCUGAACGUUGAACCAGCAGCAGCCGAAGAAGUGUCAUCUGAAAGUUGUGUUCACAGGAGGUCAGUUGUGUUCACAGGGGUCAGUUGUGUUCACAGGAGGUCAGUUGUGUCCACAGGGGCUCAGUUGUGUCCACAGGGGGUCAGUUGUGUCCACAGGAGUUCAGUUGUGUCC